AAUUCCUGGUUGUGGAAAUGGGCAACGGAGAUGUGGAAUUUGAAACAUUUCUGAUCCAGGUCCAGCCACUGUUUACCCUGCAGUCAGGCUAUGACAUCAGAGCAAGGACUUUAUAAAAGUGCAUGUGCACAGAGCCAGGCAGUGAGAAAACAGUAACACAAGUAGAAAAUCUCAUUGUGGUGGAACACAUAGCAGAACAUGAUGGACAAGGUACAGAGAGACAGAAACAGCCUGAUGGCAUGGGCACUGCUGUUUUACCUAGGAUCACAGGUGUGCUGUCAGCAGUGUGGCAUCCCUUGUCAGUGCCAAAGCUCUGUACCAGACUGCCCAGAAGGCAUUCCUCUCAUUCUCGAUGGGUGUCAGUGCUGUCAGGUGUGUGCGCGUCAGCAGGGUGAGGCCUGCAGUAAGCUGUUUCCGUGUGACAUUCAGCGCGGCCUGCAAUGUGACUAUAGCGCCAGCUUCCCUGGAGACCCAGGAGAGUGUGUCAGUCAGAAGGAGCUGGGCUGUGAACAUAAUGGAGUCUCUUACCAGGAAGGCCAGGUAUUUCAGCCCUCCUGUGCUCUUCAUUGUCGUUGUUCGGGUGGAGGGGUGACCUGUGUGCCCCGGUGCAGUGAAGAUGUUCUCCUGCCCACCCCAGACUGCCCUCAUCCUCGAAGGGUUCAACAACCAGGAAAAUGCUGUAAAGAGUGGGUGUGUGAAAAUAUGGACAACACAGUGCUUCAGGACGCUCACAUAGCUUCAGGAAGUGAACAGACAUUGCUUGCAGACUCUGCAUACCAAACCAGACCUGGUUCAAACUGCAUAGACCAGAGCUCAGAGUGGAGUGCUUGCUCACACAUCUGCGGGCCUGGAAUAUCUACACGGGUUUCCAAUCAAAACCCGGCCUGUCGCCUGGAGAUGCAGAUGCGCUUGUGUAUGAUACGACCCUGUCAGCCUGUACUCCAGAGAAACCCACAGUGGUCAAGGAGGAAAUGUCAACCCUCUUACAGGUCAGUAACCCCGGUGCGGCUUUUCCACCAGGGCUGCUAUAGUACGCAGUUCUACAGGCCCCGUUAUUGUGGCUCAUGUAAAGACAACCGUUGUUGCACUCCUUACCACACUGGCACGGCACUGGUCACUUUCCGCUGCCCUGGAGGAAGACUGCUUAAUCAUGCUGUCAUGACCAUCAACUCCUGCAUCUGCCAUUACAACUGCCCCUAUUCAUCUAGAGGGGCAUAUAGAGGGACUCCCUUCUCUUAUAAAACAACUACCCUUUAA